UCACUGCGGCAAUUCACUUUUUGAUUGCGCGGAGACCGAAGAGUGGCGGAGUGACUGUGUGGUUUUCUGUGAAACGUGUAUUCACGCUGCUUCUGUUUUGUGGCUUGCUUCUUGCCCGACCCCGAACGCCAGUGCAUACACUGUCGUUUCCACUCGUCGUCGGUUGUAUUUCCUCGCCUCGCACGAGCCCGCCGCGAAAAUAACGGCGAGUGGAUUGCCGGCGUGCCGACAAGACAACUGCAUUGCUGCAACCUACAUGACUUGGUAGUUUAGUUCACCGCUUCGAAAAGGACCGCGUCCAUCGAAUUUCGCUCGCACUAGCAGCGUUCUCGAUAUCAAAAGCAUCAUCGACACGGUUCAUCAUCCUUGGCGACGAUGUACAAAGUCAAGGUGAAAUGGGGCAAGGAGACGUACCCCAAUGUGGAGGUGGACACCCGUGAGGAGCCCAUGCUGUUCAAGGCGCAGCUGUUUGCACUGACGGGCGUAGAACCUGACCGUCAGAAAGUGCUCGUCAAGGGCUCCGUGCUUAAGGACCAUGACUGGGGAAAUGUGCAGCUCAAAGAUGGUGCUGUGGUGCUGCUCAUGGGCACCAAGGAAGCGCUGCCCUCGGAACCUGCCGAGAAGCCCGUCUUCAUGGAGGACAUGUCCGAGAGCGAGCUGGCCACUGCGCUGGACCUGCCGGCAGGCCUGACGAACCUGGGCAACACAUGUUACAUGAACGCCACUGUCCAGUGCCUCCUCACCGUGCCAGAGCUCAAGGAGGCGCUCAAGAAGUUCCAGGGGGAACUGUUCCUGAUGCGGUCAUCUGGCGUGAGCCCACAGUCCGUGACUGCUGCCCUGCGCGACCUCCAAGGUCUCAUGGAGCGGUCGGCUGUGGUGCCCCCCAUCGUGCUGCUGCAAGUGUUGCAUACGGCUUUCCCCCGGUUUGCCGAGAAGUCCGAGCAGGGUGGCUUUGCCCAGCAGGAUGCCAACGAGUGCUGGACGGAAGUGGUGCGAAUGCUUCAGCAGAAGCUGCCGCCCAUCGACCAGCCGGCCUCCGAGACCGCGCCCGCACCAGUGCACAAGUACACCAACUUUAUCGACCAGUACUUCGGCGGCGUCUUCGACGUCACGCUAAAGUGCAUGGAGUCCGAGGAGGAGCCCGAGACGCGGACCAAAGAGCACUUUCUCCAGUUGAGCUGCUUCAUCUCUCAAGAUGUCAAGUACAUGAUGGCUGGCCUUAAAAGUAAACUUUCUGAAACUAUUAACAAGAUGUCACCCACGUUGAACAAGGAUUGUGAAUACAAGAAAACGAGCACCAUCAGCCGGCUUCCCGCGUACCUGGCCGUCCAGUUUGUCCGUUUCUUCUACAAGGAGAAGGGAGCCGUCAAUGCCAAGAUCCUCAAGGACAUCAAAUUCCCGCUCCAGCUGGACGUGUUCGAACUCUGCUCGGAGGAACUCCAGCAGAAGCUGGUCCCCAUGCGGACCAAGUUCAAGGAGCUCGAGGACCGCAAGAUGGAUGUCGAGCAGAAGCUCAAACUGCAGCACCCCGACGAUGCCAACAAGCCACUCAAGGAGACCAAGCAGGAGCCAUUCUCCUUUCCAGAUGACCCAGGCUCAAACAACAGCGGCUUCUACUCGCUCCAGGCUGUGCUCACGCACAAAGGCCGGUCCACGUCCAGCGGUCACUACGUCGCCUGGAUCCGUAGGAAAGAAGAUGAGUGGUUCAAGUGUGAUGAUGACAAGGUGUCCGUGGUCACAACAGAGGAGAUCCUCAAGCUAUCUGGUGGAGGUGAUUGGCACACAGCGUACGUACUGCUAUAUGGGCCCCGCAUACUCGAAGUGGAAGCGGAUUGAUCUUCAAGCCGCUAGGGAAUCCGACUUUCAAGAUGCCUUUCCGCCGUCGCCACCUCCUGAAACACCAGUGCUGCCUGCCUGCUGCCUCUUCCUGCCCCCCAGUGUCACUCUGUCGUCUCCUUUUACUCCCAUCUCCCUUUAUUAUUACUUCUUAAGCUGCGCUUUCCAAGACAUCGUGAGAGACUGGAGCUUAGACUGUAUAAAUAAAAGCCGCAGAAAGACAGUUUUGAAUGCCAAGCAUGCAUGGCUGGCUUUUUACGACCAGUUUGACAGGAGAGAGCGAAGGAUGGCUCGUGUGGCGUUGUGUCAGGGCAACGGGGGAAACUGGACUCUUUCUUUUUUUUUUUUUACCGCCGCCCAAUGUGGUGUACUUGACUUAAAAAAAGAAAUAAAAAGCUCAGCCUAAGGCUUUCAAGCCUUGCUAUUGCUGAAUCAA